AUGGUUCAAGUUGCAAGUUCACCAGAAACCUGGGACUCUGAUAGCAAUUAUCUCACUGUGCAGUCUAUGAAAACCUACUUCGCGCUCGGAACUGUUGUCGGACUCCCUCUGUACUCGGUAUACCACCUGAGAAAAAGGAAUAAAUCCCUUUCUAUCCAGGAGUUGUUGAAUAGCUCUUCACUUGCCGGCGUUGGAGCGGCUACUGCAGGAGGGCUGGUUGAAUUCUCACGGAACUCCCUUUCAGAUGCUGCGACACUGAAAAAGCGGCGCUUGCUACUCUCUACCAGUGUUUCUCGACGUCGCCAAGAUGAUUUCGCUACAAUCGGCGCAGUUUUAGGUGUUUGCGUUGUCCCUGCGGUUUUCUGGACUAGAGCUAGUCUCGUCUACCUGACGACUGGAGGGUUAACUUGGGGAUAUGGGUCAGGAUUCAUGGUACAUCAUCUGAAGAGAAUGUCCAAUAAUCCUGCUAGCGUUUGA